UGAAGGAGGAAAAACUCUUUGUAGCUUAAACCCUCGCCUUUCAUUGUCUUUGUCAACUUAGAAAAGAAAUAAGGAAAAAUGGCGACCCUGAGAAAUGCUACCACCGCUUCCAGCAUCUUCACCAAAUUCCUCAGCGAGAAGAUCCGUUCCACCGCCGCCACCCCGCUAAUCAGUCGCCUCUUUUCUACCUCCAGCACCGAUUCCGGUUCCGGUCCCGAUGACCCACCAAUUGUUUUGCAGGGUGCUCCGCAGAGAUUCAAGAUGGAGAACCCGUUCCAAACGGAGGGGCCUGGAAACGUGAUUCACGCGGACAACGUGAAGGAAGGAACGCUGGUCCGAGUGUCCAUGCCGGGAGUGGGUCCGGACGGUUUCAAGGUCUGGGCGGAGAAGAACACCCUGUACUUCGCCGGAAAAGGGGAAAUCGAAAUGGAAGGAGAAGAAUCCGGGAGAAAUUACGGUGGCAGCCUUAAAUAUAAACCAGAAAUUAAUAGAGUUCAAGAUUUUAAGGCGGAGAUGAAGAAUGGAAUCCUCAAAUUGUUUGUUCCCAGGGCAGGGAGUGCUCAGGACAAGGAAGAUAGUUAAUUUCUUUUUCUUGUUUUGAAGGGAAAGACUAAUUGUGAUUAUCACCUACGUGGUGCACUGGUGCUUAUAAGAAAGUAAUAGAAUAAAAAGAGCUAAUAUUAUUUGGGUUCUUUGUAUUGUGAUUUUCUCAACUGUAGUUAUAAAAUUUCAAAUUGAGUA